GACGCGAAGUGUCGUAAAAUGUGAGCCCGGAGCAGAAAGGGGUGAUGCACGGCACCGAGCACGGCUGAGAGUUGUUUGUUUGUUUUCAACUCGUUUCUGCCGAAAUGUUCCUGUAGUCUGUGCCGAGGCGAGCCGUCAAGAUGGAGGCCAUGGAGGACGACAGCGCCGAGCUGAAAGACGACCACAACCACAACUACUGCGGCGGCGGCGGCGGCGCAAAAGUCCGGGCGGAGCUUAGCGGCCAGGCACCGGACGGAAUGAGCGCCGCUCAGCCCGUCUGUGCCCCGGUACCGGGCGGAGAACCGGCGAAGCGGCAGGGGCAACCGUGGUCCGGUAGCCCGUGCGGGUCAAAAUUCAUGGACUCGGACACGGGCAGCGAGAGCAGCGAAGUCAGCGAGACGGACUGCGCGGCCGCUAACGCCGAGGAGAAGCCCAGCCUCGACUCCACUCCCAAGUUCCUGUUGAACGCCAUGGCCGUGGAGGACUACCGGAAAAACCACUGGCCCAACCUGGAGGAGGCGAUAGACCGCCUGCUCAUCCAGAACCUCUCGGACCACAUCUCUGUCUCCUACGCGCAGAUCUACGGCUACGUCUACAAGUGUGUUUGCCAGCAGCACUCUGAGCUGCUCUACGGCGACCUGACGUCCAAAAUAACAGCUCACCUGCUGCAGGUUGCCACGCAGCUGCAGGCCAGCCCACCUGAGAACCUGAUUGAGAACUUUAACGUCGCUCUGACUCAGUACUUGGCGUCUCUUCAGUGCAUCGUCCCAGUCUUUAUAUACUUGAACAAGUUUUAUAUUGAGUCCAAACUGAACAGAGACCUGAAAGAGGACCUGAUGAAGCUGUUCGCGGACCACGUUGCAGAAAAACAUCUAAGCAAGUUGAUGCCUUUGCUCAUUAAAGCUCACUCCAUGCCCUUUCAAGUACAACCGUCGACGAUGGCCAGCGUGGUCAAAGGCCUCUACAGCCUACGCCCAGAGUGGGCCCAGCUGGCGCCGGCCCUCUUCUCCAGCUUCAUUCCUCAAAUCCACCCUCCCGCCGUGGAGUCUCGGCUGCCCGACUACGCCGAUCACGACCGCAAGCUGCAGAUGGAGCUCUCCAUGAACGGUUUUCCACGGGGGGACCAGUCCCGCAAGCGUGCCAGCGAGGACUCCUGAUGGCGACGGUGCCUCCUACAUCUUUAUCACAGCUGCUGCACUAAAUAGAAAUUCAACGACGCUCAUCUCUGUUGACUCAAGGCCACGGAAACACUGUGAACGCUGAUGUUGGAGACAACACGCGGAGACUUCCACAACGGGUUCUUCCCUCCGCGAUCCUCUCCAGCCACAGCAGCCGUGUCUGCUGACGGAGACGGAGGACAUCCUGAAUGCGUCCUUUUGCUCGGACACCCUGUGAAUGCUUGUUUCAGUCCCGACCAUUGACCUGGAAGUGUUUGUGCUGGCGUUCUUUUUUUGUUUUUUUAUAUAUAUAUAUAUACAGACGGGGCUAAUCAACACUUUCUAGUUGCUGCUAAUGAGACUGUCUGUGUGUUAAUCCUACAAGUCUCUUGUUACAGUCACACACACAGACAGACAAAAAAACCAGUUGACCUCUGUUGUAAUUCUCUACUUUUACGUUGCCUUUACCAUAUUGCAAAAAAACAAACAAAAACAAAGAAAGUUUGGAAAUGUUUGCCAAAGAGGAGAGCUGAAUGCAUUUGAUUCACGCUGCAUCGUCAUAACGAGCUUUUAGCACUAAUUUACCUGUUUCUGAGGCGCAAUCUAAUGUUGAACUGAGCUGCUUUUUUUUUUGCUUAAAGGUGCACCGAUCAGACCCGCUCCUGGCCAAUAACGAUUGCCGGUUUUCUUCCAGGUCUGACUUACCAUUCAGAUUUUCUUUCUAAGGAGCUUCACACAUACAGGUGCAUAAUAAUAAAUGGCAAAUGUUAACUUAUUUCAGUUAUUUAAUUCAAAAGAUGAAACUCGUGUGUUUAUAUUGAUUCAUUAAACACAGCGUGAGGGAUGUAAAGUGUUUAGUGAUUCUGGCUAACAGCCGGUGAAAACCCCCAAAUUGAGUUUCUCUGAAAAUGCGUAAGAAUAAGCAAUUAAACCAAUCCUCGCUAGGCUACUGUGCAUCUUUUUCUAUCGUACUUUCUCCUUCCACUUAACUUUCCAUUGAACGUAGCAGCUUCUUUAGGACGUUUUUGUGGCUAACUCUCGUUAUGGAGACAAUGCCGUCGGAUCUGUUGUAAAUCUCCUUUAUGUUGGGCUUAUGCAGUAUUUCUGUUAGCUGUAAACAAAAAGCAUCGUAAUUAACAGAAAUCAAUGCUUUAAAUGUCACUCUGUCUAAUGAAUCUAAAUCAGUUUUUAGUUGAAUUAGAAAAAAAUAUUUUCAUGGCAUUUUGAUUUAAUAUGCAUCAGUAAAAACUCGUUUGUGCUUAUUUUAUGUUUAAAUCAAUUAAAUGGAACAAAUGUUUACAAUAUAACAUAAUUUGCUGUAGGUUUCUCGAUUAGAUUUAGCAGUUUUUACUAAACCCAAAAAACAAAACGGGCACCAAGAGGGACGUCCUGCUUGAUGAUGCAGUUGCAAAUUGGAAAAAGUAGGAGUUUUCAGUUCUGAUGCAUUUAAAGAACAGGAAAAAAGUCAGAUUUUAUUUUUUUUUUGUAGCAUUUAAUCUGCUGAUCAGCAAUUGGAGAAAAGCCGACAGACUUUGAUCACUUUCUGACUGAAUUGUGCGUCAUUAGUUUUUCCUUCACUACAUUCAAUGCAUGAUUUAAAGAAAUUGUCAGACAAUUAUUUACCAAACCUGCUGGUCUUUAGGCAAAAUUUAACUGAUAACCUUGGAAAAAA